GUCAGAUAAGAUGGCGGACGCUUACAAGGAAACGCUAUUUGUUUGAGGAGUAACAAAACUUUCGUUUUUCGUCCUUGUAGUGUAGAGAAAUUAGCGUAAAUGAUGAGUAAUUCGCCAUAUAUUUUACAGAGGUUUGUUUCAGCGAAAGAAACUGAAGAAUUCACAUCCUAUUCCAAGGAAAAAACAAUUCACGAACAUGGAAGUAUGUCUGGGGAGGAAGCGAGAACGUUUUAUGAAGUUGUUCUUUCUUCAUCCAAUUCUGAUGUAGGAAGCGUUUUAGCGACAAAGGAUAACAAAACGGAAAAGAAUAAGUCAAGGCAAAAGGGAAAUGGGUCAUUGGCAAAAUCAACCUACUCAAAACCAUCUGAAAAGGAUUUGAAAUCCAAAAAGAAUAGUGGUCACUCCAGAUCCAUACCUACUAAAUUUCGUUCUACUUCUGAUCACAGACUAGUAAACGAUUUCUUAAAAAAUUCUCAAGAGGGAAAUUUAAGACGAGUCCAAGAACUGCUCUCCAAUGAUAGCGUAGACAUAAAUGUAUGUGACCAAUUUUCAUGGACAGGAUUGAUGUGUGCAUCUCACAAUGGGCAGAUUCGCAUUGUUAAAUAUUUACUUGAGAGCGGAGCUUUGUGGAGAUCUUAUGAAGACUCACAAGGAAGAACAGCUUUCGACCUUGCAAAAAUCGCAGGACACCAUGACAUAGCAGAACUUCUCAGAUCUUACAGUGGUCAGCGUAAAUGCCAACGCAUAAAAUCCUCUUAUGAAGAGCAUUCUGCUAUCACAGCACAAACCAAAUUUUGGUGCUCUGUAUGCGAACAAGAGUUUACUGAUCUGAAGGGUACACAUGAAGGUUCAACUGUGCAUUUGUUCAAUAUACAACGCAAGCCUCAAAAAACAUUCUAUUAUAUUCCAGAAGGCAAUGUAGGGUAUCAAUUGAUGCUAAAGUCUGGCUGGAAUGAAGAUCGAGGUAAACUUAAUUCUCACGUUUUCUUUAAAUCCACAGUACUAGUUUCAUACUGAAUUAAGGGCAGGAAGUACUGUCAUUUCCCCUUCUAAACUGCCAGGAAAAUUGUUUAAGGCAAAACUCAUCAAGGAAAUUAUGCUAACAUAAACACAACUUAGAACACAUACCUGUGUUACUGUUACUGUGGCAACUUGACAAGCAGCAUUGCUCCAAGCAAGACGUUUUUGAAAGUUGCCAUUUGGCACACCACCACCGGAAAUUCAAAAUUUUUCACAAUUGCUUAUUAAAGGAAAAUGAUGAACAAUUUAUAUUAUUGCAUGCCAAUGGUAGCAGCUUCACUGCUGCACACAAAUUUUAAGAUUGGUGAUCAUUUCCUUUGUUCUUGUGACCCUUGAUGCUUGAUUCCAGGGUGAUCUUGUCAGGAGAAAUUAGAAGCUAAUCAUUCUCAGGGAUCAAAGGAUUAAAAUUAUGAAGAUUUUCUUUACUCUCUGACAACAAAAAGAGCUGUAGCAUGGAGAACUGUCCACGAGAAAUAGACACAGGUCUAGUCACUUCAUGCUACAGAAAUCAGUGAUAAGCAACAAUAGUUACAGCUCAAAAAGAUUUAAUCUUAUAGUCAAUUUUUGGAUCAAUAUCAGUAUCUGGGCAACUUCCCACCUACCCCUCCCCUAACCCAACAUUAACCCUACCUACCGACACUAAUCCUUACUUGUUAUCAAUAGACUGUUGUUGGGUUAGGGGAGGGGUAGGUGGGCAGUUGCCCAGAUACUGAUAUUGAUCCCAAUUUUUUUAAAAAUUCUGUUCAUCACAGGUUUAGGCCCAGCUGGUGUUGGAAGAAAAUACCCAGUGAAAACAGUUCUCAAGAGAGAUCGAUUAGGAUUUGGUAAUAAGGGAUGUCAACCAGCAAGAGUGACACACUUUGGUCCACAUGAUCACAGUUCUGUGAAGAGGAGAAAAUCAAUCACCGAGAAGGAAAAGAACAGAGGAACAAUGAAAAAGACUUGUAGGAGGGAAAGGGUGGCUAAAGAGAAGAAGGAAAAGAAUUGGGAAAGAAAUAUGAGGAUAUACAUGAACACUGAAUAAAAUUUAUCAUCUAAAGCUUUUAUUGUGGUAAUGAUAGGGAACAAAUUGGCAAUGUUAACAGUUAUUCUCUAUAUAAAAUACUGAGAAGAUCAAUACCAUAUAACUACGAUAAGAAUAUAAAUAAUCUAACUCAACUUUACUAUGUUACAAUGACUAGUUUUUUCAUAUUUAAAUAAUAAUUACCUUAUUUAAAACUAAACAGAAUAACUGGAUGGUUAAAAACAAUUUCAUUUGUUCUGAGUACACUCCUUUGUUUGUGAUUGAUAACUAUUUGAACUUUGUGAACUACAAACACCUUGUAUGCCCCCCCCCCUUUUAUUGUAAAGCCCUCUCUCCCUUUAAGAAAUUCAGGUUUUUAAUAAGCCUACCUCUCCCCCUGUUUUGAAAUUCAGGUUUCUCAUAAGCCCCCCCUCCCCUGUUUUGAAGUUCAAGUUUUUGAUAAGGCUCCUUCCCCUCCCCCUGUUUUGAAAUUUAGGGC